GAAUGAUACGCUGCUCAAGUUGUAGACACAGCGGACGGUCGGUCGGUCGGUCGGUCGGUUGGAGUAUUUCUGUGUUUGUGUUUCGGCAAAACUGAAGCCGCGGCAUUUAUAGAGAGGGAAGAGGAAGAGCGGACGAAAAACCUCUUUAACACAACUUGGAAAAAUAAUUAGUUUCCAGCAAUGCAACUGAUCGUGUGCGAGCCCGCCGCCAUGUCUGAAGCCGCGGUGAUGGAGCCUCCUCGGGCGGACGGCUUCCUGGAGUCGUCCUGUGGUGCAGUAGACAGCGCAGCGUCCCUCGAUGACGGCAUCGUGGACACGGCGAAUGAGUCCUCAGAGGAAGAGUCCACGGGGGAAAGGGAGGAGGAGGCUGGUGUCCCCGAUGCAGCCCCCAGCAGCACCAGGACUCCAGAGGCCCCUGCUGAGCACAGCUCCAACACACAGACGGUGAACGCCCAGCGCCCAAACUCCCUGUCGGUGCCGGCAGCAGCAGAGCACCGUCUGUGGACGUCACAGCGCGAUGCAGAGGUGAAGCUGAGGAUGGGCGACUCUGGCCUGGCUGCUGAAACCCCUUUGACAGUCAACCAGAUGUUCACGUCAGCUGUGGAGCGCUUUGGCACCUACACAGCCCUGAGCUGGAAGGAGGGCGAGCAGCAGAAAAGCCUGAACUACAAAGAUUACUACCAGACCUGUCGCACCGCUGCCAAGAGCUUCCUGAAGCUUGGUCUGGAGCGCUACCACGGUGUCGGGAUCCUGGGCUUCAACUCCGCUGAGUGGUUCAUCUCAGACAUUGGGGCCAUUCUGGCAGGUGGGUUUGCCGUGGGCAUCUACACCACCAACUCUCCAGAGGCAUGCCAGUAUGUAGCAGAAAACUGCAAGGCUAACAUCAUCGUGGUGGAGAAUCACAAACAGCUGCAGAAAAUCCUUCAGGUUGAAGACAAGCUGCCGCACUUGAAAGCCAUCAUCCAGUACAAAGAUGCACUAAAAGAGAAGAGACCAAAUCUAUACACAUGGGCUGAGUUCAUGGAGCUCGGACGUGACGAGCCGGACGCUCCUCUUGAUGCCAUCAUCUCCAGCCAGAAGCCCAACCAAUGCUGCACGCUCAUCUACACCUCAGGGACCACAGGCCAGCCCAAAGGAGUCAUGCUCAGCCACGACAAUUUAACUUGGACGGCGCUCUCCACCAGCAAACACGUGCAUCUCACGGACGCCACUCGGUCCCAGGAGGUUGUCGUCAGCUACCUGCCGCUGAGCCACAUCGCGGCUCAGAUGGUCGACAUCUGGGUCACCAUGAAGGUCGGAGGGGCGACCUACUUCGCUCAGCCGGACGCCCUGAAGGGUUCGCUGGUGAACACCUUGAAGGAGGUGCGUCCCACCGCCUUCAUGGGCGUCCCACGUGUCUGGGAGAAGAUGCAGGAGAAGAUGAAAUCCGUCGGAGCAAAGUCUUCGACUGUGCGCAGGAAAGUGGCCGCCUGGGCCAAAGACGUGGGUCUGCAGACCAACCUGACCAAGAUGAACCAAAACGAAGCUGCUGGUCGCACCCCGCUCAGCUAUCACAUCGCCAAAAAGCUUGUGUUCAAGAAGGUGCGUAAGGCCCUGGGGCUGGACCGCUGCAACAAGUGCUACACGGGCGCCGCUCCCAUCACCAAAGACACCCUGGAGUUCUUCCUCAGCCUCGAUAUUCCUCUGUACGAGCUGUACGGCAUGAGCGAGAGCACAGGACCUCACACCAUCUCCCGCCCUAAUGCCUUCAAACUCACCAGUUGUGGUAAAGAGAUCCCAGGGUGCAAAACAAAGCUGCACAACCCUGACGAGGAGGGAAACGGGGAAAUCUGCUUCUGGGGUCGUCACGUCUUCAUGGGUUACCUCAACAUGCCCGACAAGACGGAGGAGGCUCUGGAUGCAGAGGGCUGGCUGCACUCAGGAGACCUGGGCAAACACGACGAGAACGACUUCCUCUUCAUCACCGGACGAAUUAAAGAGCUGAUCAUCACAGCAGGAGGUGAGAACAUCCCUCCCGUCCCUAUCGAGGAUGCGGUGAAGGAGGCCGUGCCGCUGAUUAGCAACGCCAUGCUGAUCGGAGAUAAGAAGAAGUUUCUGUCGAUGCUGCUCACCAUUAAGUGCCAAGUAAACGCAGAAUCAGGCGAUCCGGAGGACGAGCUGACACCAGAAGCUGUGGAGAUGUGCAAGAAGCUGGGCAGCACCGCCACACGCGUCUCUGAGAUCGCCGGCGGCCGAGACCGCGCCAUCAACGCUGCCAUCCAGGAGGGAAUCAACCGAGUCAACGAGAAGGCAAAUUCCAACGCUCAGCGCAUCCAGAAGUGGGUUGUUCUGGAUCAGGACUUCUCUGUCGGUGGAGGAGAGCUGGGUCCCACCAUGAAGCUGAAGCGGCCGGUGGUGGCGAAGAUGUUCAAGGAGCAGAUCGACAACUUCUACAAGGAGCUGGCGACGCCAACGACCCCCGACAACCCGCUGCCUCCCAAAUAGAGCCGCCGCCGCCGCUGGAGGGAGGUCCAUCGAUUCAACCUCUUCCUGCCGCCGUCUGACUCUCGUGUACUUGUUUUGAUCGCCUUAAGUUGUCUUCGUUCGGUCUUGGUUUACAUUUGUGAUUGUUGUACAGAAGAGACAUGAGAAGAAGCCAUUGUACAAUAGCUUUAUGAUUUAUGCGACGUUAUCGAUGAGUUGAAUUCAGCUAUUUAUUUGUGUUUCUGGGAUGAACGGUAAUGAUGCCUGAUAUGUGAAGUAGCCGCAGCAGAAAUGUUGUUUAUUUUACUGUAAUACUUGAGAUGAAGAGACAGAGAAUCCAAAAAAAGGAAAAAAAAACACCAAGAUAACUAUCUUGGUGUUUUUUUUUUGUUUUUAUUUAUUUUUGGUUUGCCAAAGUUUGAGCAUCAAAUGAAGAGACACUAGAAAGACUUCCAAUGAAAUCCUUCGUUCCUGUGAACCGGCGUUUACAUGUGUUCGGUGUCUCUCUUGUCUUUGUCGACUUUGAUUCAAAGGAAAUCAUCAUUUAUUUUGUACGUGCGUUCCAAAAGCCAAAAGGUUCUGCCGUUGAAUCCUAAGCUAUCUCAGAACAUGUCAUGAAGCCAUAUCUUUUGCUUUUUGUGUCUGUAACGUCCGACGACUCAUUUAACUCUGUCGUUUUGUGGAAUAUUGUAAAUACGUUUUGACUUCAUCGUGUUUCAUUUGGCUUUAUUUAAUUAUGUUUUUCAAUUAUCUUUUUUAGCCAAUCUUUUUUUUUUUUUUUUUUGCACUCACACGUGUAAAAUGUACACGAGUUCGUUCAGCGACUAUAUUCAACUCGUUCUCAUUUCACACACUGAUCAGACAUAGAAUGCUGAAGGAGGUUCUUGCCCUCUUCACCGCUGAUCUUGUACAUGAAGUAGCUGUAUAUAAGGAUAUUAUAGGUAUGUGUAGCGCCCCCCCAUGGAGGAAAACUGCAGCUUAGCGAUUACGGUUCACUCAUAGAACAAAGGCAGAAUUUAAAUACCAUGUUUGAAAGGAAAUGACGGUGAUCCAGAUGGUCUGGGUGAGUGAGCCAUAAUCCAGUUAAUGGAACCUAUUAAAUGGCCUUGUAAUGUAAACACAGGAGGUUUGGUGUGUUACUGUCGGUGGCCUCUAACUGCUUGAUGAAAGCUCACAAGAGCCCAAACGUGGAAUCACCUGACCCGUCAGGGCCGGUAACGGUGACGUUAACGGAGCUUUUUACCAACAUCAGGGUAGAAAGAUGGAGAAAAAAAACUUACAGCGGGACAAAUGUGAAGCAGGAAUGUUAGUGCCCGCAGAAGUUUGAGUAUGUGUGUGAUCGGUUAUGGAAUAAAAGUUCAUGAAGCUAA